GUGUCCGACGUGGAUUCGUGGGCUUUGGCCUUCCAAAACUGGCUGGAAGCAUCUCAUCCCAUCGACCUGGAAAAGCAGAGGCUGGGAGAGGAAGAAAUGAUGGGGAAUCUGUCGGACUUCUUCUGGAGCCCUCGGGGGGCUAAGUACUUGUACAGUCUCCGUUUCUCUGGAGCCGAACCCGUCUGCGACGAGCCCCUUCCACCCAUCUCCGCUUCGAGUCACGAGUUGAGACACGUGAGGAUGACGAGGACGAAGGAGAAGACGGAAGCCCUCCACCGCAUAUAUCAUCUCACCGACAGCUCACCGCUCGCUCAGAAUGAACAGUUCGUGGGGGCGUUUUCGCGGGAGUAUGGCACGUGGGAGACGAACGGGGUCAUACGAUGGGAAUUGUAUCGAAACCUGGGUCUGGCCAUGAUCUGCGUCCUUGUCACCGUCCUUGUCCUCAUCGCCGAUGUCCUUGCCUCUUUUUAUGUCCUCCUUUGCGUCCUUGUCACCCUAGUACGAAAUUCUGUCACUUUCUCUUCAGAUGGGGAUAUUAAGAUGCAGAUUCGUGGAGCUUGUGGGAGGAGAUGUUAA